UUCAUAGCGCCCCGGGGGGCGGUGUGAUAGGCGCCAUAGCGGCGCUAUCCUCCUUCUUGGCGCCCCAGUACAUGUAGUCUUAUCUCUGUACACGAGGUGGUGGGGUUACCAGAAACCUCUCUCUCCCUGCCUGCCAUGGCAACCAAUAAUUCGCAACAAUCAGGCAGUGGGCCACCUCCCAAACCAUGGGAACGAACCGGUGGUACAUCUUCUGGUCCUGCUCCUUUUAAACCACCAUCUGCAGGUAGCACAAGUGAUGUAGUUGAGGCUUCGGGUACAGCAAGACCCGGUGAAAUCGUUCCUACAAAUGAUACAACUUCAGCAAUUAAUAGAAACACACUCGGGAGACCCGUACCCUCUAGGCCAUGGGAGCAACAACAGACAUAUGGUGCGGGUUACGGUACUGGUUUGGGUUACAAUUCUGGUUAUGGGGCUGGAGGUUACGGUUCUUACGGUGGAACGGGAUCGUAUAAUAGCGGUUUAUAUGGAAACAACAUGUAUAGAGGUGGCUAUAGUGGUCUUGGAGGUGUUGGUGGCAUGUAUGGUGGAGGAAUGUAUAAUAGUAGUAGUUAUGGAAUGGGUGGCAUGGGCAUGGGUAUGGGUAUGGGCGGGCCGUAUGGUGACGGGGAUCCUAAUAAUCCGUUUGGCGCUCCUUCACAGCCUCCGGGAUUUUGGAUAUCGUUGAUGCGUGUGAUACAAGGAGUUGUGACUUGUUUUGGGCGAGUAGCGAUGCUGAUUGACCAAAACGCUCAGGCAUUUCACAUGUUCAUGUCGGCCCUUCUUCAGUUGUUUGAUCGGUCAGGAUUAUUAUAUGGCGAGUUAGCUAGAUUUGUACUGCGAAUCUUGGGUGUUAGAACAAGGCCUAACAACAAGCUUCACCCACCUGGACCUAAUGGACCCCAGGGUACUCAAACUCAACUCGAGGGACCGAAAGGUGCACCUGCUGGUGCCUGGGAUGGUGUAUGGGGAAACAAUUGAUUUUCGUAAUCACCAUGAACAAACCAACCAACAAACCAACAUAAGAAAGGAAUCACUCUGCCAAUGAAACAACUGAGAUGUCUGUAUGAAAUCAAGGAGUACAGACCGAAGACCUGAUGAUCGAGUGUAUAGAUAAGGUAUUCUCUGUAUUCGGAGAUGCUAUCCGUAUGAAAUAAUCUUUGUUCUCUGCCUGCGUAGUAAUGUAGUAUUGAAAGAUAUUUCCUGUAUUACGAUGAAGUGUUGUUGAAGUUUCUGGUUUCUAAUUUGCGUGCUAAUUUUACCGGUU